UUUCCGCUCCUGGCAGGCUUCUGGAUUCCCUGCCUGGCACUUUGAUGCUAACAGAUUGUCUCGCAACUUGCCUGAGGAAUAAAACCUGUCAGUCUGUCAACUAUGAGACUGGGCUCUGCGUGCUAUUUUCAGCGCAUGCCGAUCAGCUGCCAGGCGCCUUGACGAAAUCGCAAUUUCCGGUUUUCACAAUCUAUGCGCAGAAGUCUUGCCUCUCCGCGAAGCCCUGCUCGCGGGCCUGGUUCGUCGACCGUGUACAAAAUUAUAGGUUGAAGUCGGAAGUAAAACGCAGCGUCCCAGUCGGUUCCCGGCGCGAAUGCUUCGAGCUCUGCCUGAGCGAAACGGAAUUCACGUGCAGAUCUGCGAACUUUAAAAAAGCAUCAGGCGCCUGCGAGCUGAGUGAAAUGGAUCGUUCGACAUUGGCUGGCACGAAUGCCUUCCAGAUCACGGAGGGCACGGACUAUCUGGAAAACCAUUGCAUCGAGGAGCCAAACAAGCUGUGCGAAUUCAAGCGAUUGCCCGGACGCAUCCUAAAGACGGUCGACUCUGUGUAUCAGGAGGUGAGCAGCGUGGAUGAGUGCCGCGAACUGUGUCUCAAUUCGCCCUACAGAUGCCACUCGUAUGACUACAACGAUACGGGCGACAUGGUCUGUCGUCUGUCGCAUCACAGCCGGGCAACGCUGACAGACGUGCAGGAUCCCUACCUGGAGGUGCCGGAGGCAUCCACCUAUGAGCUCGCCUCCUGCUACAACGUGACCAUCGAGUGUGGCGGUGGCGACAUGCUGGCCCGCAUACGCACCUCCAAGCUGUUCAGCGGCAAGGUCUAUGCCAAGGGUUCGCCAAGGUCGUGCGCGGUCGACGUGCGCAGCGCCUUGGACUUUGAGCUGCGCAUGAACUACCAUGACCUGGAGUGCAAUGUGCGCCAGAGCCAGAGCGGGCGCUACGUGAACGAUAUUAUAAUACAGCAUCAUGACAUGAUUGUCACCUCCUCCGAUCUGGGCCUGGCGCUGGCCUGCCAAUACGAUCUGAGCAACAAGUCUGUGACCAACGGGGUCAACUUGGAUGUGCGCGGCGAUCUGACGCCCGCGCUCUCGGAGGAGGUCAUCGUGGACUCACCGAAUGUCAUUAUGCGCAUCACCUCACGCGACGGUUCCGAUAUGAUGCGCUCUGCCGAGGUGGGCGAUCCGUUGGCCCUGAAAUUCCAAAUUAUGGACGAGCAGAGUCCGUACGAGAUUUUCGUGCGCGAACUUGUCGCCCUGGAUGGCGUGGACAAUUCGGAAAUCACGCUGAUCGACUCGAAUGGCUGCCCCACAGAUCACUUCAUAAUGGGCCCCAUCUACAAGAGCGAUGGCUCCAGCAAGGUGCUGCUCUCCAACUUCGACGCCUUCAAGUUCCCCUCCAGCGAAGUUGUCCAGUUCCGUGCCCUGGUCACGCCCUGCAUGCCCAGCUGUGAACCGGUGCAAUGCGAUCAGGAGGACACCAGCGGCGAGUAUCGAUCCCUGCUCUCUUACGGACGCAAGCGUCGAUCAUUGAAUGCAACAGCUACCUUCGAUAUGCGUCGGAAACGAGAGCUCAAUGCGCCCACAGACAUGCUGCUCGUGCAGUCCAUACAAAUAACUGACAAAUUCGGCUUCGAUGAGCAGCAGAGUCGCAAAUCCAAUAUCGGCGGUUACUCGGAAAAUAAUGAAACGGAGUUUACAACUGCCAGCCCGGGCCGCGGUUUUUGUGUGAAUGCCUUUGGACUCAUCACGGCCGCGACAUUUUUCCUACUUACUCAACUGGCUAUCAUUGGCAUUUGGACAUUUUGCUAUCAGCGCCGGCAGAAGCUGCAGUCGUACCAGCACUCGUAUUAGUUCUUUCAGAUUCGCCCUCAAAUCGAACAAGUUAAUUUCGGGAGGUGCGAACCAGAGAUAACGGGAUACUAUAUAUAUCUACUUGGGCUGCCUUAGAAAUUGGUCUUGUCUAGUCAGUGCUCGAUUUGGGUGUAAGAUAAUAAAAAUAGAAAUGUCGCGGAUUGUUUGUUGGUUAAUGGAUACUUUAAUGUCAAAAAACAAUUUACAUAUAUGAAUUAAUUUUUUACUUGAUCUAUUAUUAACAUUGAUUUCCACACUUAUAAAGGUAGUUCGAUCUGCGCAUUGAACUCCCUUUGUGACUUCGGAAAUGGGCUUUUUUAGUUGCUGGCAUUUGAAAUCGAAGUUAAACAAACUGUUUUUAAUUAACUCUCUUUAAUUUACCGAUUAGCUUAGAUCAAUGAAGAAUUUUCAA